UAUAGGCAUCCCCGUCGCAACAUAUCGUCAGCAUAACCACUUUUACCCUCUCUUGUCGUUUCCUCUCGGGAUCGAUAUCCACCUCAUACCCGAACAACUCGCAGAACGAACCAGCAAUCAUGUCUGUCGUCAACAAGAUCAAGUUGUGGACUGCCGAGACCCCUAACGGCCACAAGUGUUCCAUCCUCCUCGAAGAGCUCAAACGAGCUUACGGUAUCGAAUACGAGUUCGCAGGCCUCAGCUUCUCCAAGAACGAACAGAAGGAAGAGUCGUUCUUAAAGGUCAACCCUAACGGAAGGAUUCCCGCUUUGACCGACGGUGACCACAACGUCUUUGAAUCCGGUGCCAUCAACCAAUGGCUCGUGGAGAAGUACGACAAGGAAAACAAGUUCUGGUUCGAAGACCCUAAAGAACGCAGCGACGCUUUCUCUUGGAUCAUGUUCUUCCAGAGCGGGCUGGCCCCGAUGCAAGGCCAAGCCAACCACUUUUUCCGAUACGCCCCGGAAAAGAUCCCUUACGGAAUCAAGCGGUACCAGGACGAGACCGCGAGGUUGUACAGUGUCCUCGAGGACCGUCUUGCUGGUAAGCGAGAGAGCAACGGAAGCUCCGGAGAGCCUAGGGACUAUGUUGUCGGAGCUGGCAAGGGGAAAUACAGUAUCGUCGACAUGAACGCCUUCCCCUGGGUCCGUCUUGCCUCAUGGGCCGGUGUUCCCGGGCUCGAGCGUUUCACCCACAUCAAGGCUUGGUUGGAGAGGAUCGAGGCUAGGGAGGCUGUCAAGGCCGGUCUCGACAUCCCCGUCAAGAACUCUUUCAACCCGAACGCUACUCAGGAAGAGUUGGACGCCAAGGCCAAGGAGGCUUCCAAGUGGAUCAUGCAGGGUCAGAACCAAAAGGACGAGAAGAAGUAGCAAUCAAGUGAAGUCGGACGGUCACGGUUGUAAAUGAGUCCAGAAGCCGACAUGAAUCGAAUUGAAGUCUGAAAGGUGUAGCUUCUCUAUCUGGACCUUUGCCAUUAUGAUGCGCGUCGCCUCUCCAUCGACCCUUACGUAUACCCGCCCUCACCGAUCUCGCACGAUCGAGCUUCCUUCGACCUUUGAAACGAAAUGUAGACGGCUUUGCUGCAAUAAUAAUGAUCCC